AUGGCCGCCGGCGCCGAGGAAACACCUAGCAGACCUAGCAGCCCUGGUCCCCGGCGGGGCUCCAGCUUCUCUUCCUGCGAGCUCAGUGUUCGCACAGAUCCGGAGCUUCUUCGGGCUGUCACCUUAAGCGAGGCGCUUUGUGGUUGGGGAAAGCACUGGGACGCGGAGAACGGAGGCAUGCCUCGUGCAGAUGCAGCAAAUUACCGACUCAGCCAGCCAGUGGUAGUAUAUGAUGCUUUCCUGAGCCACGACUGGGGCUCGGGCCGGUGGCUAAAGCUUCUUUCGCUCCUGAUCGUCUUCAACUCUGGCCCAGCCUUUUGCAGCUCAUUGCUUGUUAGCAUUGCUGUCGGGAUACUGCGGGGGAUGGGUGUACUACCUGAUGAGCUAUGGACUGUCAUCUUCGGCCACGUGACCUUCGUGUUGGUACUUUCCUUCUGGCAGCGGAUCCGCUCAGUCUGCCGGCCUUGCCUGGUGUUCUUCGACAAGCUGUGCGUGGCGCAGCACGAUGAUGUGCUCAAGCAGAGAGGCAUCUUGGCAAUUGCCGCAUUCUUGCUGAGCUCGCGGAGACUCGUGGUCCUCUUGACGCCUCAGUACUUCAGCCGCCUUUGGUGCACCUUCGAAGUCGCGACCUUCAUGAAGGACCCGGAGCGGCGCAAGCAGAUCUGCUUCAUGCCGUUGAAGACGGCGCUGCUGUUUCUGCUCUUUUCGGCUUGCUGGCACCUUCUGGUAUUCGGCUUUGCUGUGCUCCGAAGGCUGAGGUCAGAGCAGGCUGGUGCAGGCGUCCUCGUACUUGCGAUGAUGUUUGUGCUGUGGGCUGUCUUGGGCCCUAUGCUUUUUUAUUUGGAGAUGGGGAUGAUUGGGGACUUUGAGGGCAUUCCGACGCAGCUCGGGCGCUUUCGCAUUCAAGAUGCACACUGCUUUUGCUGCACCCAUGGACACCGGCAUCCUCUUACCCGAGAGGAGAUUCCCUGCGAUCGCGUCCUGGUUUACAACUCCCUGCAGAGGUGGUAUGGCCAGGACCACUUGGAAUCCUUCAAUCGACUCGUUAGGGAGCACUUGGCAGGAAGUGUCGGACGUGGCGCAAGAGGGUUUAUGCUCCCGGUCAACUAUGCAGUGUACAUGGUGCUUUCCAGCAACCUUCCAUAUGUGGCAGAUCCUAUUUCUGUGUUCUUUGCCAGGACGUCCGACUCGGACCUCUCUGGCAUUGUGCUACUCACUUGGUGCUUGCGGCAGCUGGUGGACUGGGGAAUCGUAGGCCUCUCGAGCAUCCUGUCGGUGAGACUAUCUGUUCCACUAUGUCGCCUCGGUUUACGGCUACCUGUGCACCGGUGCGUUGCCGCCCUCCUCAUGGCUCCUGUGCUCUUUUUGGCCAUCGCUGUGGUGUGGGCUCCGGUUCGGAUCUUCCUGCGUUUCACAUCGGAGGACAAUCCGCUGCCCGCAGUUCUCUUCGUGGUCUGGCUCGCCGCGGCCGUCGGACUUUUCUCCCCCUGCCCCUGCAGGGCCUCGAUGCCAGAGCGAGCCCUCGAGGGCAAGGCAUCACCUUCACAGCAUCCGACAGAGGACUCAGACCACUUCAGCAUCUGA